AUGUCGCUCCUCCGCACGGCCGCCAUCCGCGCUACCCGCGUCCCCCAGCUCGCCCGCGCCGCCUCGACCACCGCCCCUCACGUCGUCUCGUCGCGCUCAAACCAGGACGGUGCCCUCCUCUCCAACAUUGAGGCCCACUGGAGCAAGCUCCCCGCCGCCGAGCAGUACGAGGUCUUCCAGGCCCUCGAGGAGGCCCAGAAGAAGGACUGGAAGCAGCUCACCACCGAUGAGAAGAAGGCCGGUGAGUAUUCAGAACGUCGGAAGGAAGAAUUAUUUGGCGCAUCUGCAAGAGUGCGCCAUUUUGCAACGUCAUGUCACCGAUCGCGCAAGCAUGGAUCCAUGGAAACCGAAGCACACGUAACGCCCCCGCUGCGCACACGACCGACUGCAUCGAUGCAGGCAAGGACGGAGACGGACCAGGAGCCAGGAAUCGGCGGCCAUCACAAUUACGCCCACGGUCCAUUGGCCAACCGCCAGCCAGACAUUUCGUCGGGACCUAUCGGGUGUAGUUCGAGCCGAGGUCCCAACCCUUACUUCAUCGCCUUCGGCCCCCACGGACCCCGUGCCCCCAUCCUUCCGGAGGGAGGAAAGAUGAAGGUCUUCGCUGGUGUCCUCGCUUGCGUUGCCGCCGCCGUUUCCGUCUUCGCCUUCGUCCGCUCGCAGGCUCCUCCUCCCCCCAAGACCUGGAACCGCGAGUACCAGGAGAUGUCCAACGAGUACCUCAAGUCCCAGAACUCCAACCCGAUCUCCGGUAUCUCGUCGGAGGGUUACAAGGGCAAGGGUAUGGUUAUGUGCGACUAA